UGUCUAUGCCAGUCAUAGUGCCAUUACUGUGUAGCAUUAUCUCUGUACCACGUUCCCUGAAGGUCAAACAAGCAUGCAUUCUAACAGUGGAUUUUAUACCUGAUUCCUCUAGCGCAUUCCCCUUACCUGACUAGUGCGUGUCCUUCUAUUACACGACACACUUUCGAACUCUUCUACAAACUUGCUUCACCAGUAAGUGGGAGACAAGACCAACAUGCCUUCCUACGAAACGAUGGACGAUGAGGAGGAGCUGCACAAAUACCUCUCCAAGACUGAGGACUUUGAGGAGAGGAAGAGAAUUCGGACCAGGAUGAGAGAGCUGCGUGAAAUUAAAAAUAAGGAAAUUGAAGCACGCAGAAUCCAGCGAGAGAAAGAAAACGAAGACAUCAUCAAACGCAGACAUGAACAAGCAGACAAACAGAAGGCUAAAACACUGGCCGAGUUUGACAAGAUGGCCAAAACAGCAUCUGAACAGCACAAUAAGACACUGCAGGCAUCAGAGGCAAGUCUUAAGGAGAAGAUACGUCGUGCUGAUGAAGACAAGGCAAGAACACUGGCCGUGUAUGAUGACCUUGCAAAAAAGGGUACAACCACCACAUCCACCGUCUCCAAAACAGAGGAAAUACCAGGGGGAACAAGAACAACCGUUAUUAAAAAAACAGAAACAAGUGCAGGGUUCGGAGGCGUUGCUUAUGGUGCUAAGCCUUCAGCAGAACAAGCUGCCAAAUUUUUGACAGAGCAACUUAAAAAUGCAUCUUGCAUCGGAACCGAGGGUAAAAUAUCGGUGAAAACCGAGAGCUGGAGCAGUCGAGAUGGAGUCACACACACAUCCCAGAAAUCUGAAGCUUGGGGAGCGAAACCAGGAGCUGGUGGUGCAAUGGCUGCAUUUAAAAAGAUGGAUUCUGCAUCAGCUCCCCCUGGUGGUAGUCGACCAAACUUCAUGGCGGCUCAAGGUCGCGGGGGAGGUGGCGGAGGCAAGGUCAUGCGUAGUCCCAGUGCCAUCAAAACUAUGUUGUUGGAGUGGUGUAAAUCUAAAAUCAACCAUUAUGAGGGAAUUGAGGUGACAAAUUUCUCCAGCAGUUGGAACAAUGGGAUGGCAUUUUGUGCCCUGAUCCACAAUUUUUACCCUGAUGCAUUCGAUAUCACCAAGCUGAACCCCAAAGCCAGACGGGCCAACUUUACCCUUGCGUUCGAUACAGCAGAGAAGUUAGCAGACAUUGCUCCACUUCUCGAUGUAGAAGACAUGGUACGCAUGAAGAACCCCGACUGGAAAUGUGUAUUUACAUACGUACAGAGUUUCUACCGCAAACUCCACAAUCAUGAGGCCAACAAGGCCAAACAGACAUCGGAACAGUAAUCUCUGUGUGACCUACAUGACUGCAUCACUGUUACAUGUAGAGAAAACAAAACUGAUGUUCAUAGAAGUAUUGGCGAUCACAGAGGAAACGGACCCGGCUGGAAUUUAUUGGCGGCUUACGUGACAGUUGAUGACCUUUGCAUCCUUCAAUAUUUUACAAUUGUCACAACAGGAUGGCAUUUAUGCUUGUAGUGUGAUCUUAAUAACUCAGAGGUCAAAGGUCAGUGCAUCUUUGAAAUCAGUAGUUCGUGAGAAAGACUGGAAUGAAGGCUUAUUUAAAAUACUCAAAAUCAGAUAGUGUUUACAUAUAUGUUUACAGCCUUACAACAGCAAUCAUAGUUUUUAUCUUCUACUGUCAAUAUGAAGCACUUCGAUGAUUAAACUGGAUUAACGUUAGUCUGCUGAUUAUUUAAACUCCUGAAGGUUGGAAAUCUGAUGUUUUCAAACUUUAGAAGUAAAUUCAUAUUGUCAAUGAGUAAAAGUAUACACUUGCUUUUCUCGAGAGUUGUGUAACGAAAAUAGACGUAAAAUAUUACUUGAAUGUUUAUACUCAAUUACAGUACAAUAUAGAUUUUUGUUAACUCUUGAUAAAGGAAUUGUCCAGUAGAACAUUACAUAUUUACUGUGCCAAAAUAUACUCUCAUCUCAUGUCAGAUAUAGAUGAUAGAGACUCAUUGAAUAUUUACAUUAUCACAUGUCUAGUGUACAUACUUUGUACCACUAAUCUGCCAUCUUGGAUUGAAUAUUGUUUUUACGGUAGCAUGUAGCGCAGUCAACCGUAAUUGCUUUUUUGUUGGCAAGAAUAUGCGACUGCUUAUAUAUUGAAUUUUACAAUUUUUAAAUUGUUACCAUAUAUUUAUCCUAGUUACUACUCAAAUAUUUGCAAAGUGACAGAGGGUAACAUGCUAUAAAUAAUUACUGUUGAAGGUCAUUGAUUUGACCCUGUUACGGGUCAAGGCCAUAUAAAAAUCAAUAAUUAUAGAAUGUGCAGGAUUUCCAGCAACACAGUGAAAUACCAAUCAGUGGUUUUAAACAGCUUAUUGUGCAUAUAUGGUUCAUUUGGCUAAUGUGUUACCUGCAGCUUUCAUGACUUUGUUUUAUAAGAGAUAGUUGGACUUACGAUAACCACUGAUGUUAAACCCAUCAAUAAGUCUGGAGGUGUGGAAUUGGGUAGGGGAAAAAACCAAUACAUUCUCAUAACUAGAUAUAUUGAUUUAUUUUUGUAAAAGACAAACUGGGUUGAAUGAUUACAAAAGGUCAAGGUCACAAACAGUGUACUUAAGUUCAUGACCUUUAUGAGUGAAAAGAAUACCCUGAUUUAGUCCCACAAAAGCUUCUUAUCUCCGUCCAGUUCCUAAUCCUAGGCAGUUCAUUUAUUAAGUAGUUAGUAAUACUAAAACAAAGUUAAGAAUAAAUUACUUAGAGCUUUCAGUUAGGCCUAUGACACGAGAUAAGAGUAUCCAAUUUGACCCUGACUUUGAUUGGUAGUGUCCAAAUUGACCCUUGACCUUGAUUUGGAAUGUCCAACAAAAUCCUUGACCUUGGGUAGGAAUGUCCAGUUACACAAAAAUAAGAUACUUGAGUAGAAAAAAAAGUGAAAAUGGAUUCAAUUUUUUCCUAAACAAGUAUACAGCUAGUGUAAACAUCCACCCCUGCAGGUCACAAUGGAUCAGCCAUAGGAGAAUCCAUUGUAGAUUUGUAGGGGUGUCUGGGCUCUCUCACCCUGAUUUCCAAUGAAUCCGUACAAAAUCAGGAGGUUUGAGAGUGUUGACUAUAUAUAUAUAGGUAUAUAGUAUGUAAGUCGUUUAGCACUAGUUGGUAAUUAUAUAUAGUGAUAUAUGCAGCAGAGCUUGUGUGUUACUGUUCAUGUGUGUUAUAUAAAUAAUUCUUUAUUUUUAAUUCAGUAUAUGAGUGUUACGCUAUUUUAUCAUCAGAUGUUGUGAUGCAACUUUACAUAAUUUUUUUUAUAUCUAUGUUCUGUGUUUUACUUUAGCCCAAGUGAUCUGAAUAUUAUGCAAGUCAUCUUGUAGACUUUCCACAUUUUUGUUGUAUUUUAUCAGUACAGUUCCAUCUCUUUACCUGAUCUGGUUUAAACCAUCCACUCUGGUUUUCUACUUUUAAGUGAUAUAGUCAAUUUGUAACUUUCAAACAAACAAUUGUAACUGUUAGUCAUAUGUAUGGUGCUCCAGUCUGUGUCGAUCGCCAUAGAAAUUUAAUCCAUGUGGAGUGUCAAAGUGCAGGUCACUUGUCACUGUUUUUCUUCUGUGUUUUUAAAAAUCCUCUUCCGAUACUUUUGACAUGUUUUACAAAUGUAUUUCAUGUUUUACAAAUGUAUUACAUGUAUUUCAUGUUUUACAAAUGUAUUACAAGUUGUACACAUGUUUCUCAUGUUUUACCUGUGUUUUUCAUGUUUAAUGGGUGUUGCACACAUUUUAAAAGUGUUGUAUCUUGUUUUACAAAUGUUUCGCACUUUUAGCAUGUGUUUUACACAUUCAAUAGUUUUUUAACUGGUGUUUUUAUCAACAGGUGGCUUUUCAACAGGUGUUUUACACAUUAUCUGGCACUUUAUGCAUUGUCGAUGCAUGCUAUUUAAUAGAAAAGGAACUUAUUACAUGUGACCAUGUUCAUUAUAUCCAGACAAUGUAAUGGUGUAUUAAGGUAUUGUGCCAAAAACGGUACCACCAUGUGGACAGAGAAUCCUUAUUUAUAGAUACGUUUUGAUUUCUGGAACAAAUUUUUGGUAUAGACAUUCUCAGAUCAUCAAAAGAGAAUAAAUCUCUCGGCAAUAAAGUCUGACUAUGGGAGAAUUUGUUCACACAUUUUCACAAUUGUAUGCAAUAUUCUGAUCUUUACACCAUACACGGCUUGAGUAUACUUACAGGAGGAAGGCCAGCUUCCUCUCUGGUUAUAAUACAUAUAAGUAAAAGUUUUGGAAAAUUGAUCGGACUGUUUUGAGAAGAUUGAGGGAUGACCUCUUUGUAUGAAUAAUGAAACCACUGCAAUAUUUUCUGUGUAAGGUGUAUCUACUGAUAUUAACAAAUAGUUAUCUCUCUUGUGGUGAGAACCUCCUAUACAUCCUAACUUGCCAUUCUCUAUUUCUGACAUAUUACUAUUGGUAACAUGUAGAUUUUGUGAUAAUUUGCUUUAAAUUUAUUGAACAUUUAUUGAAUAAGAAUUAAAUAAAAAAUGACAAAAACAA